AACUAGCCUUUAAAAGUCAAUUCAAGGAACGUCGAGGCUACAUAAUGGGCCCGUAGGAUUAAUAUAGGUAAGCACUUGAAGUACAUCCCGGAGCACGUCCGACGGGUUUUCAAUAUUACAUAAAAGUCUAUCGUCAAAAGACUACCUUAGAGUCUGUACAAUAUGCUUUAUUAAGCUCUACUAAUGUCACAACCACGUUCGAUAUUAUCGAACAGGAUGCGAGAGAUAGACGGCAGCAUAGCAUAUGGAUCUUCGGAACAGUGGGUUAUUUAUACUCGCGUGCAAUGGAAAUUCUUUGUGCUUCCUAUUGUCGUUCUUGUUGCAGGUUGCUUAUUUGUCAUCGGCACAAUCAUCGACUCUAUUAGGUUACAGCUCGAGACGAAGAAGUCUGACUUACUGUCAACUCUUAUCUCCGUCCUUGAUCCGGAGACAAGAGCCUUCCUUAGAAGCGAGCAACGUUGCAAAGACAAGCACGAGGAUGAGGUUUUAGCUAAGGUGGACAACGAAGCAGAUGGAUUGGUAUUGCGAUUCUUUAAAUGAUAUAAAAUCUAUGUCAUUGGAUUAGAGUACAUAACCCUAACUCGGUUACUACAAUGAUCACAUAAGAGGUGC